CAUAAUUUAAGUCAAUUUAUAUAUGUAUAUUUCAGUUUAGUUUUUUUUUUCGUUUAAAUUUUAUUUUUAUUUUUUCAAAUCGACAAGUUUUUGAAAACAAAAAACGUUACGAAAUAGACAAUUUUCACUAAAAUUUACUGAAAUUACAUAGAAAACGAAUGUUGUAACAAAACUAUUAAAACGAACGUGGACAUUCAAAAAAAAACACCGACUGAAAAAAAUGUGCUUCUGCGACCAGAGUCAGCAGUUCUAAUAUUGCGUCUUCAUGCAAAAUGCAAAUUCCCGUUAAACGGCUAUGAGUGAGAAAAAGAAGUAAUAGACAGUAACGGCGCAUAUUUAAACGACUAAAACGAUUCGCUUUUUAUCAUCUAUUUGUUAUACGAUCUUCAAUCAGUUUUCAAUUUGGACAAUACACGGACGCGCACACACACACACAGAGGGAAAGAAAUUGGUAAGACCAGCGGAAUGAUGAGAAACUGAAAAUACCGAAAAUAUGGGUCUAUUUCGUCGAUUGAGAAGAGUUAGGCCCAAAAUCUACAAAACUUGUGAAGUUCUAAAAAAAUGUAUUGUCCGUCUCAAAUUAGGGUCAGGCGUCAAUCACAUUCAAAAUAAUCAAGUUCAAGAAACUAUUAAUCAAUUGCAAGACCAAGUUGAACUAUUGAACACCGAAAAUCAACAAUUGAGAACCGAAAAUCAACAAUUGAGAACCGAAAAUCAACAAUUGAAUGAAAAACAACGUUUUUCGAGUUCAGAAAUAUCUCGUUUGAACCAAAACUUAAAUUGGGCAAACAAACUUAUAGCAAAACAAGAAGAAGCUCAGCAAAAACAAGAAGAAGCUCAGCAAAAACAAGAAGAAGCUCAGCAAAAAUACGAAAAAGCUCAGCAAAAAUACGAAGAGACGGUAAAUUCUCUUAAAAAACGAAUCGGGGAACUAGAAGCAAAAAUUGCUCCACCAAGUUCUCCAGCAGACAGCUCAGAUUAAAAAAAGUAUUUGCUGUUCCGUACAAAAUGAGUAGUCUAUUUAAUCCAGGGUUUACUGCACCCACACCGAAUAUAUUCGGUCCAAUUGGUUCACAUUUAUCAUCAAGAAUCUCGGUUUCAUCAUCACCAGGCAGUAAUUAUAGCAUUGAUCAUGUUAAUGCAGAACAACAACAGGUACCACUGACACAAAAUCAUUGCUUCGGUGCAAUUGGUGCACAAUUGAGUGCAAAUUUAUCAUCAUUUAACGAUUUUGCCGCAAGUUUAAAAUUCAACACCAGCAGUUCCUUUUUGUUCAAUCCAAAUGUAUGCGGUAGUUGUGAACGUUUUACACCAGAAAAUCAUUGUUUUGAUUGCAGCGACAGUUUAUGCAAUCAAUGUCUUGCUUUGCACAUGCGUCAUUUCGCAAACAAAAAUCAUACAAUUCAAAGGAUCAUUGGACCACAAAAUUCAUUCAAUCGUAUGCCACGAUUGCCAUCACCAUGUCAUCUUGACGCUGAAAAUCGUUGCAAUAUUCACUAUGAAGAAUUGCGUUAUGUUUGUGAAUCAUGUAAGAAUCUAAUUUGUCAAGAAUGCUCAUUACGUGAUCAUAAGGAGCACCGUUGUACUGACAUUCCCCAGUAUGUCGAUCAACCAAUGAAAACGAUUCAAGAACUUAUGGAAAUUGCCAGCGCUGGCAAGCAUCAAAUAAAAAAAUGUAUCGAUCGUGUUAUGAAAUUUUCGCACUAUCUGGAUCGCGAUGUUCAUGAUAUUUUACAGCGUAGUCGCAAGAAUAGUAUUCGCGCAACAAACGGAUCAAUCAACAAUGCAAUUUUACGUUGCGAAGAAAAAGAUCAUGCAUUUGCUGAAACUAUUGAGAAAUUCCGUCAAAGCAAAGGUGCCAUUUAUCUUGAUCAAUCAAGUAGUCUUCGUGCUGCGUUGGCCGGUAUUGCAGCCGUAACCGAUGAUUUGAAACGUAUCCGUAAAGUGAUGAACGAAUUUACAACAUUUGAUUUAGCUAAAGCAUUAAUCGAUGCUGAUAAUAAAAUCGAUCAUUUUAUGAAACAAACAAGCAAAUUGAAUCCUUCACCAGUAAAUGUACAACAAUAUUUAAUUUCACUUGAACGAAGCAAAGAUCAACCACAACAGCAACUCGUUCCCGAUUUAGAACAUUUGCUACAAAACAAUGGUACCAUGUUACAUCCAGAUAUUGCCGCACUCGUUGCAGGCACCAGUCAUAUGAGUCUUAUGCCAAAUAAUACACCGAAACCAGGACGGCGUCCAAUAGUUCGUUCCAAUCGAUCAAUAUAUCAAAAUAAUGGUCCGCAAAUAUUGCUGCCAACAUCAUUUGGCGCCGGUUUAUCAACAUCGACAAUUUCACCGUGGUCAAAUGGUUUAUCAUUGGGAUUGCCAAUGGUUAGUAAUGAGCACAUGAAUCGUUUGCCAAAUGAAGCAACGUUCCAGCAAGGUUAUGUCACUUUCAAUGCACCACAACCACAAUUCGCUAUAAAUAUGUUCAAUAUCAACGAUGAACCACCAGCUUUUGGUCAUUGCAUUUUUAAUUAUGAUGGUUCAGUUACGGCCGUUCGUCGCAAUGAGCCUAGUUUAUCAUUUGCAUAUGAUGGACCGCUCGAAGGACAAUUGAGCCGACCAUGGGGGGUUUGCGUCGAUAAAGAUGGUAGCAUCAUAAUUGGUGAUCGUCGUAAUAAUCGUAUCCAGGUAUUUUAUCCAGAUGGUACAUUCAAAUUUACGUUUGGAACAAAAGGCACUGGCGAUGGUGAAUUAGAAUUACCAGCUGGUGUGACAACAGAUCGAUUAAAUCGCAUUAUUGUUGCCGAUAAAGAUAAUCAUCGCGUUCAAGUGUUUUCACCAAGUGGUCGUUUCAUUUUGAAAUUUGGCACCUACGGACGUGACCUUGGUGAAUUCCAAUAUCCAUGGGAUGUGGCUACCAAUUCGAAUGGUCACAUUUUGGUCACCGACACACGAAAUCAUCGCAUUCAAAUGUUCACAUCGAUGGGACAUUUCAUUACAAAAUAUUCAUUUGAAGCAUAUUAUGAUCGCCAUUUAAAGAGCCACAUUACACCGAGAGGCAUUUGCUUUACACCAGAAGGAGAUAUUUUGGUCACAGAUUUUGAAAAUCAUCGAAUCAUGAAAAUGGAUGGAAAUUUAACGACGGUGAAGCUAGUGCGCGGACACGAAGGUGAACAUGAGGUGAACGAGUUUAACCGGCCAUCGGGCUUAUGCUGUGAUGAUAAGGGUCAAGUCGUUAUUGCGGAUUCGAAAAAUCAACGUGUGUUGGUAUAUAAUUCCGAUUUUGAGUUCAAAUGGAUGUUGGAUUUGCGUCGUUCAUUAUCCGAGUUAAAUAAUGAAAAGGAUCGUCCGAGCGAUGUAGCUAUUUUACCGGAUGGUCGUAUUGUUGUGCUGUUCGAAACGUCUCCAGACACAAAAGAUUUUCCGCAUCCACUAAAAACUUUUGUUCAAAUUUACUAAACGCAGACACACACUAAAUGAGGAUAAUUGGUGAUAUCUUUUUCUAUUUUCCACUGAAUUGACAAAUAGGUAAAAGAUAAAGAAUAUCAAACUUUGAAAUUUAUUAUUAUUAUUAUUCUUUUUUUGCAUUUCGACGAUGAAAGAUAAAACUAAAAACGAAAAAAGCCAUGCAUCCUUAAUGCAUAUAUUUGAAUCAGUAAGGUAUUGAGAAGUCAAUCUUAUGUACCUGUAUAAUAGGAAUGAACAUGUAGUAUAUGAAUGAGCUCGUAUUGUAUCACUCUAGUGAAUUUGAUUGCAACUGUAUUUUGAAAAGGAAACAAAAAGUAUUCUGUUUUUUAAAGUAAAUUGUUUGGAGGAAAAAGACUGAAGCAAUAUAUAACUAGGUGCAUACAUAGAUUCAAUUAUUGACAUUAUAUAGGAAAUGAUACAAAUUUAAGAUUAAACAAAUGAAAAUUGUAUGUUUUGUUUGAUAGAUUACAUUUUUUUCGUGUUCUAUUAAUUUUUCGUGUAAGAUCAUUGAUAUUUUCUUUGUGCAGCAAAUUGCCAUACUGAUGUUUUUAUGUGAAAUAUCUUUUCUCAUUUUAUAUGUAAAUUCACAAAGAAAAAUUACAUAAAUAAGUGUGUAAAUUGAUAUAUAUCUUUAUAUACAAUUAUAAAUCAAAAAUCAACAAAAUAAUAUAAAGAAAGAAAAAUGCAAAAAUUGUGAAAUAAUGACGAUGACAAUGUGUGUAAUAAUAACAUACGAAAUAAAAUGUAAUUGAUGUGUUAGUAAAGAACCGUAUUAUAUUGUGAAAUACUAAAUUAAGUGGAAUUAUGAAAGACUGCAUAUUUUAAACGUUAGAAAUAAUUGCAAUGAUCAAGAGAUAUUUUAAGAGACUGAACAGUUUUUACACUGAAAUGGACAUACAAACCACCGAUUAUCAAAUUAAUUAUUAAGAGAACUUCGUGCACGUUCUGAUGAUAUGUAACGAUCAUGUUGCAUCAAUGAGAUUAAAGAUUUGAUCAUGCAAAUCUUAAAAUUCAGACAAACACAUGUUAUGAUUAGAAUCUAUUUUUAUCUCAUUUUGUUCAAUAUUUUAGAUAGAAUGUAGUGGCGAUAGAAUAACAAAAAAAAUCCCUUUACCUUAGACAUUAUUGUUCUUUUUUUUUGUCGAUUUAGAAAUUCUUAAAGUUCCUUCCGAAAAAGCAAAAUUAUAUACAUUUUUAGAGAGAGAAAAUGACUGAGAAUUUUAAAAUAUUUGCUACAGGAGGCCUUUGAGUAUUUUACAAAUUAGCGUUUUAUAUGAAUAGGACCAUUUUAAUAUUAUCAAAUUGAAUUUUUAUUCAAUAUAUUUUAUUUACAUAGAUUAAACGAGAAAAAUAAUGCCACCAUAUCGGUCGGUUUGACUUAGAAAAAUUGCCUAAGAGAUAUAAAUACGGGUAGCAUUUAAAUGCAAUGCACAGUAUGAUAUUUUUAGUAAUAAAAUUUAGUAUUUUAUACCUGAUGAUUAGAAUUAAUUGUUCUACAUAUAUUUAGUUCGAGUUUCAUCGAAUUCGGAUUGAUGAUCGACAUAUACAACGAAUUUCAAGCAGUAUGAUAGUUCAAAAAAAUGCCAUCUUACCAGGUUGCUUAAACCAAUUUUAUGAUUAGAAAUGAAUAAUAUCUAUAUUUUAUACAAAUGCUUUUUUCGUGGCUUUUUUUGCAUUUGUAGAUGCGUCAUCGAUGAGUGAUGCAUCAAGAUGAAACCAAACUAUUAAAAAAGAAUGAUUUGACCUUUGUAGUGUGACAUUGAAGGAUAUACUGAAAGAGAACGAGAAAAUUUUAAAUUUUUGUGAUUUAUUUAAAUGUAGUUGGAAAGAAGGUUUUAAAUUUUUCUUUCGUUUAGUAGUCAGAAAAAAGUCGACAAUUCAAAGAUGGGACAUUUUUUUGGUUUAAUUGCACUGUGUUUUUUCCCGUAGAUAUGAUUUAUACAUAUUCAAAGUGCCAAUGGAUUGGAAAUUAUUGAAAUAAAAGUUACCUAAAGAGUGUGAAAAUAAAUGGAAUGUUAUGAACAGAAUUAAAGGUGGUAAAAAAGGGAAAAUAGAGAAAAAAAAUCUUGAUGCAAGGUUCAGCCAAAUAAUUUUUAGUGUGCUACAAUGAAAAAUGGAUGAGGCAAAGCCAUCGAGAAUAUAAAUGAAAAAUGGCAAAGAUUUAAAUCACAACAUGAAAUAGUAUAAAAAUUCGAUUCAAGCAUUUGUUUUGUGAACCAUGGAAAACUCUCCGCAUUGGCUGUAUUUUUUUUUUUGUUUUUGAAUUAACUAGUAAAGGUUUUUUUCAUUUAAUUUAAAAAAGAAAAAAGGGAAGAAAUGAUACAAUUUUUGAUUUUUUUGAAAAAUUAAUCACAGACAGGCUGAUAUGCAAGGACUUAAAGUACUUAUAAAAACAAAAUUCGAUAAUGAAAAUUCAUAAAUAUUUUUGAGUGAUCAUUUAAAAAACAAAAACAAAAAAAUCGAGUCUGGAUAAUAUUUUUUUUAAAAUAUUGUCCAUUUUAGUAUGUGUGAAUAGAGAGACGAAAGAAAAUGAUAAGAAUGAUAAAAUUUGAUUGACAUAGUGUAAAACUUAAAGAGUUUGAAUGAUUCGCAUUGCAAAAUUUUGAUGUCUCUUUCCGAAGUUUUGCUAAGAGAAUUUUAUUUUCAUUAAAAAAACAACAACUACAAAAUAAUACACGAUAAGAAAGUAAAUCUUUAAGUAAAUAAGUGAAUCCAAUUACACGUAUGAUUUUGGAAAAGCGCAAAUUAAUCUCAGGUUUUGUUUUGUUAAUGCAUCAUUCUCAUUGCCAAAAUCAUAUGUGAGCUGGUGUAUUGAAAAGAAAUCUCAAAGCUAUAGGAUAUAAGUUGUACAAUUUGAUCGAUUUAAAAAGGUUAUGGGUG